UUUGGUGCUGUUGCAAAGAAUGGAUAUUUUGUUCAAGCAGUUGAGGACGAAAUAUCCUAAUUUACCCCGGGGAAGCAAAGAAGGCAGCAGCUCGACAGCAAAAGAUGGCACAACACCACCCCAGAAAACUCAAUCGUUCAAAGGAGAGAGAAAAAGAAGUCAGAGCUGGUUGCGGAGGCAGUUUUCUGGAUCGAUGAGCAGAGGCAAUGAGUCAACCAACGAAGAGGAGUAUCAUACUGCAGUUGCAGCAGCUGCCUUUGCUGUUAAAUCUCUUGAAGAAUCAAGAACAAGAGAUGAGAGAAGGGGACUUAGCAUUCGAGAUGCAGCCCUUCCUAAGAUCAAGAGCAGCACAGAAGACAAAGCUCCUGUGCCUGACAGUCGCACAAAAUCCACAAAAUUCUCAGGUGAAGUUGCAAUGCCAAACUUGGAUGAUCCUGACAGGAGGGUUCAGAUAAGCACAGAAGCAAGUGAAAAAAUGCCCGAAAAAGCAGUUGUCCCUGUCCCACCAAUCAAGAAGAAGCUGUCCUUUGCGGAUACUCAACCUGAAGCUGCAUUGGCUAGCAGGGAGGCCAUUAAACCCACUAAAAAAGCUUCAAGUUUCGACAGAACAUUCAGUAGACAGCCAGAGAUCAAAGAGCCAAAGCUGGAAGUUCCUGCACCUGUUCUGCCACCAUUUCUACCUGGUGACACCACCAUUAGGCAGAGUCCAAAGAAGCCAGGAAAAGGAGAUACUCGGGCAGAUGUUUGGGAGGAGGACGAAAUGGCUAGGAUAAAUGAAAAGUAUGAGAAGAAGAGGGUCAAAAUUCUCGAGUUGGAGGAGGAGGAGAAGAAGGCGGCAAAACGUCGAUUAGAAAGAACAGAGGCUGAAUUGGACAAAAGAAGAGCGAGAGCAACGCACUACUACCGUAGUGAACUUGAGAGAAUUGAAAGCAUUGCCAGAGGAGCAAGGUCUCAUGCUACAGAAAAUCAAAGAUAUGAAGAGUCCAAGGUGAAAGAAAAAGCAAGCAAGUUCAGAAUGACAGGAAAACUUCCGGCAGCAUUUUGGUGCUUCUAAAGAUUUAGCACUAAAAACUUAACACAGCAACUGAAUAUUCUUUGGACAAAGUUUCUAACGAUUGAUCUAUAUUUCACAUCCUUUUAUUUUCUUAUGAAAUUGUGUGAAUCCUGGGCUUGGAUUCUUAUGUUUACCUGUUCAUCAGUGAGUAUAUUCGUUUUUGGUCAUAUACAAAACUUCAAAGACAUGGAAUUUA